AUGUGGUCCCUCAAAGUGGCCACCCAAUCAAGCCCUUGGCAGGUCUCCCUUGCCAAUAAUGAAGGCCGUCAGGUGUGGGAGUACGACCCAGAGGGCGGCACGUCGGAGGACCGAAAGAAGGUGGACGAUGCCCGGGAGCACUUUUGGGCCAAUCGGUUUGCGAAGAAGCACAGCUCCGAUGAGCUCAUGCGGCAGCAGCUUACACGGGAGCGCCCCAGUCCUCCUAUGCCCCCCAAACCUUCCCUCCCCGCAGCAGGCGCCGCCCCCAAGGAGGCGGCCAAAGCAGCUCUCACAAGGGCCAUCCGCUUCUAUUCAACUCUGCAAACGCACGAUGGUCACUUUGCUGGUGACUAUGGUGGCCCCAUGUUUUUGAUGCCUGGGCUGUUGAUUUCCUUGUAUGUCAGCGGCACGUUGAACACGGUCCUCUCAGAGCACCACCGGCGCGAGAUGCGGCACUACUUAUAUGCACAUCAGAACCCUGAUGGCGGCUGGGGCCUCCACAUAGAGGGCCACAGCACGAUGUUUGGGAGCGCUCUCUCAUACGUCAGCCUGCGUAUCCUGGGCGAGGGGCCGGACUCUACUUACAAAGACGCACCGGGGAUGUCAAAAGGGCGGGAGUGGAUCCUGGCGCAUGGAAGCGCCACGCACAUAACUUCCUGGGGCAAGUUCUGGCUGUCGGUUUUGGGUUGUUUUAGCUGGGACGGAAACAACCCGCUCCCUCCCGAGAUUUGGCUGCUGCCUUACGUCCUUCCGAUCCACCCAGGUCGCUUUUGGUGCCACUGCCGGCAGGUGUACCUCCCCAUGUGCUACGUGUACGGGAAGCGCUUCGUCGGAAAAGAAACCAGUCUAGUUCUCGCCCUGCGGGAGGAGCUGUUCAGCAUACCGUACAGCCAGGUCGACUGGAACCGCGCGCGCAACCAGUGCGCAAAAGAAGACCUGUACUAUCCGCACCCUCUACUGCAGGACGUGUUGUGGGCGACUCUUCACAAGGGGGUGGAGCCGCUGCUGAACCACACCCCCCUCCACGCGCUGCGCGAGAAGGCGUGCGCGGAGGUCAUGAAGCACGUGCACUACGAGGACGAGAACACGCGCUACAUCGACAUCGGGCCCGUCAACAAGGCGUUGAACUUGCUGUGCUGCUUCGUGGAGGACCCGUCCUCCGAGGCGCUCAAGAAGCACCUGGCGCGCGUGCCCGACUACCUCUGGCUCGCAGAAGACGGCAUGAAAAUGCAGGGUUAUAACGGCAGCCAGCUUUGGGACACAGCAUUUGCGGUCCAGGCCCUGGCUGCCACCGAGAUGCUCGAGGAGACGGCGCCGAUCCUAAAGCGGGCCAAUCAUUACGUGGACAAAAGUCAGGUUAGGGAGAAUCCAAACGGCGAUCACGGGUCCAUGUACCGGCACAUCUCCAACGGCGCCUGGCCGUUUUCCACGCGGGACCACGGCUGGCCGAUCGCCGACUGCGCCAGCGAGGGGCUGAAGGCUUCCCUGGCGAUUGCUGCGCUGCCGCCGCACCUAGUUGGCCCCCCCCUUGCGGACCAGCGGCUGUUUGACUGCGUCAACUGUAUCCUGUCCUUCCAAAAUGCGGACGGCGGCUUUGCCACGUACGAACUGACGCGGUCGUACGCGUGGCUUGAAUACAUCAACCCCGCGGAGACGUUCGGUGACAUCAUGAUCGACUACACGUACGUCGAGUGCACGUCGGCGUGCGUGACCGCGAUGGCCGCGUUCCAGAAACGGCUCCCCGACCAUCGGGCGGCGGAGGUCGCUGCCGCGAUCGCGCGAGCCGCCAAGUUUAUGGAGGACAAGCAGCUAGAAGAUGGCUCCUGGUACGGCAGCUGGGCCGUGUGCUACACAUACGCCACGUGGUUUGGCGUCAGCGGGCUACUCGCCGCAGGGCGGCGGUACGAAAGCUGCCCCGCCAUUCGGAAAGCGUGCGCGUUUUUGCUCUCCAAGGAACUCCUCGGGGGGGGCUGGAGCGAAAGCUACCUCUCGUGCCAGGACAAAAUAUAUACCACGCUGCCAGGCAACCGCGUGCACGCCGUGAUGACGUCAUGGGCGCUGAUCGCGCUGAUCGAGGCCGGCCAGCACACGCGGGACGCGGCGCCCCUGCACCGGGGGGCCGCGCAGCUGAUCAAGCUGCAGGAGGAGAACGGGGACUUCCCGCAGCAGGAGAUCAGCGGGGUGUUCAACAAGAAUUGCAUGAUCUCCUACUCGGCCUACCGAAACAUCUUCCCCAUCUGGGCGCUGGGACUGUACCAGAAAGUGUGUGGGGGCAGUUGAGGAUUAAGCACCACAAUCUUGCGAUUCUGUGUUGCUCACAAUCAAACUCUUGAAGUUGCACAGCUGCCAUGUCACACGCGACGCAGCUGCUCGACUUUGUCGUUCUGUGUACGGGGUCGGACCUGAUCCGAAAGAUGAUGAAACGUGUUGCCA